CGUUUGCUGUUGAGGUUGUGCGGUGCAGGCGCAGGAAAAAGAAUCCUGUAUGAAUUUGGAUACGUAUUAGGUUUCGUCCUUCACAAAUUAAUUAAAGAGUAUGAAACCGCACCCAUUGGGUCACGUUUCCACGGCUGCGAUCGCUCUCCAAGCAGCUGUGUUGGCGGCGUAAUCGAUCAAUCGGUGCCUAACAAGGCCCUGAAGGACGACGCCAAUUCGUUCGCCUAUCUCGCCGUAUUCCGCCGCCUUCCCUCGCUCCCAAACCCUUUGUUCCAUGGAGAGUUUCCGACACCACCGAUCUCCCAGCUCCGAACGAUUCCUCGCCCUCUUCUCCCCGCCGCCUCCCGACGACUCCAAUCCCACCACUGGCGUCGAGCUCCACGAGGCCGAAGUCCUCUGGACCUUCGCCCCCGACGACGCGGCCCCCCGGCCCGCCGUGACCGCGAACCCUAGCCGCACCCAUUUCCUCCCGCCCUCCGACCGCGCCGCUCUCCGCCGCCCUCUCGACCGGAGCUUCGGGAUCCUUGCGGCCCUGCCGGAGGACGGCUCCCCUGCCCCCGCCGCUGCCUCCCCCGCCCCUCUCCUCCAGCGGAAGCCCUCGAUCUCCUCCGCGUCCUCCUCCGCUUCCAGCACCCCGUCCUCUUCCUCCUCCUCCACCACCGCUGCGCGGAUGAUCUCGGCGAUCCCGAAGCCGAAGCCGGAGUGCUCGCUCUCUGUGCCGGCCGGGAGGACGCACCACCUGGCGCAGUCGCUCCCGGUCAACGUCCCGGUGGUCCCACGAAGGGCAAGGAGGUUCGAGAUGGAGGCCACAGAUGGUGCCGACGAUGGGGAUGGGCACGAGAUCAUGCCGCCUCACGAGAUCGUGGCGCGGACUUUUGGCAGGGAGUCGCCUAUGACGACCUUCUCUGUGCUCGAAGGGGCCGGUAGGACGCUCAAAGGAAGGGAUCUACGGCGCGUACGUGAUGCUGUCUUUAGGCAGACAGGGUUUCUUGAUUGAUGCAGUUUAUGGGACGAGUUCGGACUCGAGUUUGUAGAGAGCAAUCAGCAACUAUUUUGCUAUCAACUUUCAGAUGACUGAUUUCAUUGACAUGAUGUAUGGGGAGAUGCUGAAUGCUUAUCAUCAACGCUAUUGUAAAUACUCCAAGCCAUAGGUUGGCGCCGCUCACGUACCUCGACUCGUCGCCUCCCAAGUACGCCACCGCCUCCGCCACAUCCUCCGCCGUCGCCUUCACCCCCUUGAGGUUGGCCGACCUCUCCACAAACGCCUCCGUCGCCGCCUCAUCCAUCCCC